AACGCAUAUAAACCCCCAUACGUACACAGCCACCCACCAAACGGCUGGCCAAGAAUGAGAGAGUUCGUCAUCCUUGGCUUCUCCUCCUCCAUUGCUACUCCUUCCCACCACCGCCAUCACCACCAACACCGCUCCACCAAGCCCUACAGAUCCUCAAUUCCCAUUCCCACCAAACUAUCUCCCUCCAAACCACCAUUCCCAAGCCUUCUUCAUUCUCCUUCUCCUCUCCGCUCCAGCCCCGACAGAAUCCACCUCAACUACUAUGCUCACCUCGCCUCCAAGCUCGCCGGGGACGGAAAGCUCGAAGAUUUUGCGAUGAUUGUGGAGAGUGUGAUUCUUUCGGGGGCAAAUGCCGCCAAGUUUGGCGCUGCGUUGAGCGUGGAGCUUGUGGCGAAGGGGAUUUUGACGGGUCUUCGAGAAGGGAAGGUUCGAACUGUGACUGAGGUUCUGAGGAAAGUCCAGAAGCUUCGGCUUGGGCCGUUGAAGCAGGCUGACCGGUCUACCAUGGAGUUGCUGGGCGUAGAGUGCCACCGUAUUGUGAAAUGUGGGGAAGUCGAGGAAGUUGUUGACUUGAUGGAGGUUCUUGCAGGUUUUCGUUUCUCAAUCAAAGAACUACUGAAGGCUUCUGACGUGAUUAAAGUGUGCGUCGAUAGACGUAACCCACGAUUGGCAAUAAGGUAUGCUUGUAUUCUUCCACAUGCGCAGAUAUUAUUCUGUACCAUUAUACAUGAAUUUGGGAAGAAGGGGGACCUGGUGUCUGCUUUGACAGCAUAUGAAGCAUCCAAGCAAAAUUUGAGUACUCCCAACAUGUAUGUCUUCCGCACAAUAAUAGAUGUUUGUGGUCUCUGUGGUGACUACAUCAAAUCUAGGUACAUAUAUGAGGAGUUACUCAACCAAAAGAUCACCCCGAAUAUUUAUGUUUUCAACAGUCUCAUGAACGUGAACGCCCAUGAUUUGAGCUACAUAUUGCAUGUAUACAAGAAUAUGCAGAAUCUUGGUGUCAAGGCGGAAAUGGCAUCUUACAAUAUCCUUUUGAAGGCAUGCUGUCUUGCUGGCAGAGUUGAUUUGGCCCAAGACAUUUAUAGGGAAGUACAGCAUUUGGAAUCGUCGGGAAUGUUGAAAUUGGAUGUUUUCACUUACAGCACCAUUGUAAAGGUCUUUGCGGAUGCAAAAUUGUGGCAAAUGGCACUGCGCAUCAAAGACGAUAUGCUGUCAGCUGGUGUGACUCCCAACACUGUUGCAUGGUCAUCAUUGAUCAAUGCCUGUGCCAAUGCGGGUCUUGUAGAGCAUUCAAUUCAGUUGUUUGAAGAAAUGCUGCAGGCUGGCUGUGAACCCAACACACAGUGUUGCAACAUCCUUUUACAUGCUUGUGUUGAGGCUUGCCAGUAUGACAGGGCCUUCCGGCUUUUCCAGUCCUGGAAGGAAAAUAGAGUCAUGGAGACUACUGAUGGAGAUUGUAGUAAGAAUAUAUAUAGCAAUUUAACUGCAGAGAAUGCGGACGAAGAGUGCAGUACUAGCAUGGCAAAUUGUGUAUCUAAUUCACAUCACUUAAACUUUACUAAGAAGUUUCCCUUUACACCCACAACAACCACAUAUAAUAUUCUGAUGAAGGCGUGUGGUUCUGAUUACUACCAUGCAAGAGCUUUGAUGGAUGAGAUGAAAACAGUGGCUCUUUCCCCUAAUCAUAUAAGCUGGUCAAUUUUGAUUGAUAUAUGUGGAGGCUUAAGGAAUGUAGAAGGUGCCAUACAGAUUUUGAGAAACAUGUUUGGUGCUGGAAUUCAACCAGACGUUAUUACAUAUACAACAGCCAUCAAGGUUUGUGUGGAAAGUGAAAAUUUGAAGGUAGCAUUUUCAUUAUUUGAGGAAAUGAAAAAGUAUCAGAUACGUCCAAAUUUGGUGACUUAUAAUACGCUUCUAAGGGCCCGCACCAGAUACGGUUCCUUACAUGAAGUACAACAAUGCUUGUCUAUAUAUCAAGAUAUGCGUAAAGCAGGGUACAAAUCCAAUGAUUAUUAUCUCGAGGCGCUCAUAGAGGAAUGGUGUGAAGGAGUAAUACAAGACAACAAUCAGAACCAAGGAGAGUGCAGUUCCUGCAACAGGACCAACUUAGGGAGACCUGAAAGUCUACUUCUAGAAAAAAUUGCGACACACUUGCAAAAGAGUAAUGCUGAAAGACUAUCCAUUGACCUUCAGGGGCUUACAAAGGUUGAAGCUCGGAUUGUUGUUCUUGCAGUUCUGCGAAUGAUCAAGGAGAACUACCAUACUCAUGGAUAUUCAGUAAAAGACGAUAUCUUGAUCGUUUUAGGAAUCGGGAAAGUAUUAGAUCCAAAUCCAGGAAAACACAAUUUAGAGGUGAAAAAUGCAAUGAUUAAGCUUCUGCAAGAUGAAUUGGGCCUUGAGGUUCUUUCAGCCGGAACUAGAAAUGCACUUCAUGAAAAGACGAAUAUGGAAUGCCCUCUUGAAUCGGUUUUAAACUUAGAGUUGGAUUCUUCCACUAGAAGACCUGCGGUUGUACAGAGGUUAAAGGUCACAAGGAAAUCAUUGCAUCAUUGGUUGCAGAGAAGAGUAGGAGCCAUCAGAAUAUGACUAUUUUUGUAUCGGAAACCACUUUAGGAGUUUGUACAUGAUAUCAGAUGUGCUAUCAGAAUAUGUCAAUUGUAAGUAGCACAAUAAUAAUUAAAUGUAAAUUUUUCCCAAAUUAUUAUAUAAGACAACCCUUCUUGCUCA